ACACAACAUCACACAUUGGCCAACAAAUAUAAGCACUUGCACUUUACACAAACGGUUUAUGACGCGUCAAAGAAGUUCCAGGACUAGUGUCACACAAUAUAUACCGUAUGUUCUGUAUUUGAAAUCCUGCUAUCGGAGAAGACUGCUAUCUUAAUGGAGUUUGCUCAUCUUCCACUCUUGCGAAGUCCUUAUUGAAAAAGGCCCGUCAAUUAUAUCUGCCAAAACAUCCAGUCCACUUUAAACCCCAAUGAACUGUUGAAAAAGGCAAUACAUCUGUCAUAGAAUAAACUUUGGCUUGACCUGACCUGGAAACCACGGUCGUCAUAAGCUGUCUUCUGAACAUUUUGGGCAUUUGUAUAAAUCGAGUGAGCACGCCUUUUUCUUAACCAAUGCUUUGUAUUUAGAUGUCUCAUAUUUUAACAUGGAUUUCAUGACUCACACUUCAGGACUCCUUGCCAUGUUAAAAUGUCUUGCUUGCGAGCUUGCCAGAGCACUGUGACCACAACCCUUCAUUCCAGUUAAAGCGAAUGGAAUAUCUGACCUCUCCUCGUCCCCAGACACUAUAAGCCUGUUGUUUUGUUGUCAGUGUUCAAUAUUAUGUUUAAUCCUGGAAUUAAACAUUUUUAAAGGACAACUGCAAUAUUGCCAGGGUUCUUGCAAUUAAAAUCAGUGGAUUGUCUUGUUAAUGCCACAUAUAAGAUGCAGGAUUCCUUUCUUCCUUUCAUUCAUGAAGUAUGAUCAAUUUGGCUGGUUGCUUUCCGAGGUCAGACAAAUUGAGUUCAGGCAACAGCUGCGGUGAUAGGAGGCUCUGCCCUGAAAUGACAGAGCUGUGCUUUUGGUGCAGUCCCUCCCACAAAGUGGACAGCACUCAUACUAACGGCAAGUCUGCAGAUGAGGAAGUCGAGCCUUUUUCAACAGGAUAACGCGUUCGUUGAUAAAAUUCAGAUGUCUCACUGCUCCGCGACGUCAUCACUCACCAUGCCCCGCUGCUGUUCACUUCGUUGGCACGCCAUGUUGGCAGGGCCGGUCGCUUUUGAAUGAUCCUUGUCAUUAUGCCAUGUGGCAGCCAGGUUGUGGAUUUAGCUAAAGUGACCGGCACAGUUUGUGGAAUGACAUGAUGCAAACUAUCUAAAUAUACUUGACAGACCAAAAUAUAAGAAAAAUUCCCCGGCUGUGUGAGCAUCUCUAUCCAUUUGUUCUGCUCCAAUUUGUUCUGUAUGUAGGUCAUCAGUAGAGGUCCAGGGUUGCAGCAGAAUGCCAGCUCUGCACGCUAUCAGAGGGUCCAGGCUAAUUCUGAGCUGUGUAGCUUGCACGUAAUGAUUUGCACCAAUAUGAACAGCUUUGUCAUAAUAUAAACAUUCAUCAUGUAAUGCAAGAUCCCCCGACACAUACAGCUGCAUCAUAGCACUUGCUCCUCAAAUUUCUGAAGUGAUUGUGAGCAUGAAACAAGCACACUUAAAAAAUAGAAUUAUGCAAAUAUGUAAUUUUUGAAACAUUAUUAUGUGACCUCAACUGUGUUGGAGGUGGUACACUCUGGGAGCUGUUGCCUGUGCCUCAGGUGAGAGUACUUGUCAAGAAAUUACACACACUUUGUCUCUCUCAUGACACCCUGUGGCGCAUUUAGUACUUGAAUCCUAAAAUCAUUAGUCCACAAUCCACAGUCAAUAUAAAUCAUCAUAAUAUGAUGAAGAAGUUGUUAACAGCACAUUUUCAAAUAUGCUGUUGUGUAUUUUUGCCACGGUAAUUUGCAAAGCUCAGCUUGUGCGUUCACUUUAAAAGAAUGACCGACUCGUGGCCCAGUCCUGCAACCCCUCCACCCUCCCGAUGCUGACUAUUAAUCAAUGAGUUUAUUUUGCGCAAGCAUAAUCUGCUGGAAAUAACUGCACACUACAGGGAUUUAGUUUUUGUACAUUUCUGAAAUUAAACUUUACAGUCUGUUAAACUAUAAAAUAUUAAUUGAAGCACCUCAUGAUUUAAACGUAACCAGCAGAGUUCAACCUGUAUGUCUGCCUGUGACAACAGUCAAGGAAGGAAAAUCACCAGAAUAGUAAGUCCACUUUUUUGCGUUGAUAUCAUUGUCUUGUUUAGAAAAUCAAAGUGUUGCAAUCACCUACUUCUCGCUCAGCAGAACGUUUGAUAAAAGUCUAAAGCUAUCCUGGCAUCCUUUAAUUUGUGUAGUGAUUCACAUGGAUAACUUUUGUGUUUUAUCCAGGAUAAGAAUGGCAGCAGAAUUAGACAUUGUGAAUCUGUUCAUAAUUGCUGGGGGUACACUGGCUAUUCCCCUUUUGGCAUUCAUCGCUUUCUUCCUUUUGUGGCCGUCAGCGCUCAUUAAAAUCUACUAUUGGUACUGGAGGAGAACUCUGGGUCUCCAGGUCCAUUAUGCGGACUGCGGGGGCUACCGCUUCUGUUACUCCUGCCGAGGAAAGCCUGGAAUGAGGCCUUCCGUUCUCAUGUUGCACAGCUUCUCUGCUCACAAAGACACUUGGCUUACACUUGUCAAGUACCUACCAAAACAUCUGCACAUUGUGUGCGUGGACAUGCCAGGCCACGAGGGGACAACCCGCACCAACACAGACGAUUAUUCCAUUGUGGGGCAGGCCAGGAGGAUUCAUCAGUUUGUGGAAACCAUUCGCUUAACUCGGAAACCUUUCCAUGUGGUUGGGACCUCCAUGGGGGGAAAUGUAGCUGGAGUGUAUGCCGCCACCUACCCGACUGAAAUUUGCAGCAUGACGCUCAUUUGUCCAGAUGGUAUCAAACACCCAUGUGAGACCAAGUUUGAUAAUCAUCUGCAAGAUCUGGAACGUAGCAAUUACACACUAAAUAUCCCACUGAUCCCGACCACGCCUGAGGAGAUGGAAGACAUGUUCAGACUGUGUUCCCAUGUUCGCUUUAAGAUACCUCAACAGAUUCUUCAAGGUCUUGUGGAUGUCCGAGAGCCUCACAACUCUUUUUAUGAAGAAGUGUUUCUCGAGAUUAUUAGUGAGAAAUCCAGAUAUGCUUUACAGGAACACUUGCAUCUCAUCACCGCACCUGUACAGGUGAUAUGGGGCAAACGGGACCAGGUGAUGGAUGUGUCUGGUGCCACAGUCAUCGCAGAAAUCUUGCCAGGAUGCAGAGUGGACCUGCUAGAGAACUGUGGCCACUCUGUGGUGAUGGAGAGGCCUUGUCGGACAGCCAAACUCAUCCUAGAGUUCAUUAUCCUGCAGCAAGAAGCAAGGGGUGGCACAAAGAAAUCAUCUUGAAACCAAAUUGGGUGUUUUUCAUAAAUAAUAAAAAUA